CCGCCAUCCAAAAGUAAUUACUGGAAAUAUUUUAUUCGAAUCAAUGAAGGUGGCAAAUGUAACAUUUGCCAACAGAUAAUAAAAACGUCCGGAAAUACAACGAAUUUACGUUUCCAUUUGAUGCGAACACAUCCAAAAAUUCACCUUCAAAUGAAGAAUAGCAGAGCUGAUACAAAUGUCACAUCUACAGAAUCCUCACCCUUAACAAAACAGAGAAAACUUAUGACACAAGAUGAAACUGAUGCAGAAAUUAUAGAUGAUGAUCUUGAUUCAAUGGAAAAAUCUCCUGGUUCUCCGACUUUAUUAGUCACGUCAGUUUUAUCAGGUCACUCAGAGACAUCAGUUGUGUCAUCUGUCAAAAAGAGACAAUCUACUCUUGAUUUUGUUUUCCAAAAUCAAAAAUCAUUUCAUGAUGGAGGAACAAAAACGGCCGAGUUUACUAACUAUCUUAUUUUCAUGAUUGCAAAAGAUAAUUUGCCUUUUGCAAUAGUUGAAAAGGAAGGCUUCAAGACUUUCAUGAGAAUAGUUGCGCCAUUGUACAAGAUUCCCAGCCGGAAAAAGAUCACGAGCCUGGUAGAAGAAAAGUAUGAGUUUUUAUCAGGUAUGAUAAAAACUCAAUUUUCUAAUAUUAAAAAUUUAUGUUUAACAACCGACAUUUGGACGGAUACGUUAAAUACAAAAAGUUUUUUGGGUCUUACAGCCCAUUUUAUAUUAAAAGAAACAUAUAAAUCAGUAA